AUGAACUUUGUAGAUAAUACGGAUGGAACAAUAAAAGAUUAUAUUGAGGGAGCCCGGCAAGAUGCCCAAGGGAAAGAAGGCCAAGGGGAAGAAGGUCACCCUGGCCCCGCCAUCGUGAAGAAACAGGAGGCGAAGAAGGUGAAAGCUGCCGGCAAAGGGGAUGUCCCGACUAAGAGACCACCUGUCCUUCGAGCGGGCGUCAAUACAGUCACCACUUUGGUAGAGAAUAAGAAGGCUCAGCUGGUGGUGAUUGCCCACGACGUAGACCUCAUUGAGCUGGUGGUCUUCCUGCCUGCUCUGUGUCUUAAGAUGGGGGUCCCCUACUGCAUCAUCAAGGGAAAGGCCAGGCUAGGGCGGCUGGUCCAUAGGAUGACGCUCACCACUGUUGCCUUCACACAGGUUAACUCAGAAGAAAAGGGUGCUCUGGCCAAGCUGGUGGAAGCUAUUAGGACCAAUGACAACAGCAGAUAUGAUGAGAUCCGCUGCCCUUGGGGAGGCAACGUCCUGGGUCCUAAAUCUGUGGCUCGAAUUGCCAAGCUGGAAAAGGCAAAGGCCAAAGAACUCGCCACUAAACUGGGUUAAAUGUACUGCUGAGU